CUGUCAAAACCUUAUUGCUUACGUCCACCCGCUGCUACCGGAAGCCUUCCUUUAUCAUAAGCCAACUUUGCGUUGACUAGCGUGCUCUUCAACACGCCUUGUAUCUAUAACAUAUAGCAUCGCCAUAAGAUACGGAAAGGAAUGAAGAUGUUGGAAUUUCGCCUGAAGCUGGGCACCGGAGCAGACUGGGAGGCGCUCGGACCUAUUCCAGAGCCGUUUCCGUUCUCCAUCGACGCGGACUGCACCACUUUGGCUUUUAAGCACUACCUCAGCCACAAAAUCCUAAAUGGGGUCUUCGAGCCUGGAAACUUUCAGCUUCGGCUGCAGGGCUGCGACAAGGAGCUGGAGGACGUCGCUGACGCCGGCCAACCCACCACUUCCACGCACCAACCCCAGCUGCGGCGGCUUGCCAGCCAGGGCGUGUGCAACGGCAGCGUGCUGCAGCUUGACGUGUGUGCGACUGAGGAGGAGCUGCAGCGGUUCCUGGACGCAGCGGAGGAGUGCGGCACGGCUAACGAGCUUGGGCACGUCGAGGAGCAGCAGGAGGCGCAGACGCCACCAGCGGCAGGUGUCGAUCCGCGGCAGCGGCACGCAGCAGAAGGCAGUGCGGCGGCGGCGGGCGACGGGCCAACCGGGCGGCCCAGCCUUGGCAUGAUGCACACGCCUGCGGGCACGGUGGGCACCUUUCUGGACGAUGAAGACGCGGACUACCUGCAGGAGGACCUAGAGGCGCUGGUGCAGCCGGCGGCGCAGCGGGCUGGGGAGGAGGAGCUCGAUCACUUAAACGUGGCGGCCGACGGCGAGCCUUUUGAGGCCGAGGACGCUGAGGACUUUGAGGCGCAUGGCAGGGAGUUGCGAGGAGCAGGAGGCGUUGUGGGGGCCCCUCAGCAACAGCAUCCGGCCUUCGCGGCUGCGGCGGAGGGGCGAGAGCAGGAAGGUGACGACGAGGACUGGGGCGACAUGGGCCUGCGGUCAGCCGGCACUCGGACCGCGGGCCAGCCCGAACGGCGGGCUGCGGUCGCGACGCCGGCGCGGAAGCAGCAACAGCAACAGCAGCGACCGCGGGCUAACCUCCAGUCAGCGGCCAAGCGGGCGCGCAGGGAGGCGCCGGAAGAGGAGCUUGACUUCGUGUCGGGGUCAGCGGACGAGGGCGCUCAGCCCGCCCAGCAACAGCAGUGCACGCAUGGCGCGGCGAUCGUCGGCGGCAGCACCAGAGGCGCCGCCGCGCCUGCACGCGCGGCGGCAACGGGUGCUGCCACUGCUGCUGGCGCCGCCGCACCUAGGUCGCAGCCGCCGCGACAGCCGGCACUUGCACGGUCUACGGGACUGCCGGCGGCCAUGCAGCCUGCAGUGGACACGGGCGCAUUUAGCGCCUACGGCGGUGGCGGUGGCCAGCAGCGAGCCUCAAGUGGCUUCUGGUCGCUGGAGGAGACUGAACGCCUGGUGGAGUGGGUUGACUCGCACGGCGCGCGGCAGUGGACCAUGUUCGUACAGCUGAACACCGACUUACACAGAGACGUGGAGCAAGUGAAGAUGAAGUGGCGUAACCUCAAGAACGCCAGCAAGAAGCGCUGGACCGUUGCGCGGAGAGUACCUCCGCCGGACCUGCGGGCACGCAUCGACGAGAUUGUGCGUCGGGACACUUAGGUGGCUGCAUGGCUGCCUGGGUGGAUGUUAGAUGGUACGUUGGUAUGUACCUCAUGCGCGGGGUGGCUGCACGGGGACUCGGGGAGGGGUAGCGCACAGGCGUUCCGGGAGUGAUGAACUGCAUUUGAUACGGUAUGUGCGAGAGACAGAGGGCAAGAAUUGCUGUUGGCUGUUGGUGACGCGGCACGACAUUCGAGUGGCCAGGACACGGUCAGUGGCGCGGGCAGUCAGUUGGGGACUAGGGCACAGCUAUAUGGGUAAGGUAUUGACGAACUAACAUAUGAGGCACGCAAAGUGCGUGAGCUGUUUCGCUGGCUUAGAUGUGUGUCACUGCUCCCGCUUAAUAGCUGACGCUUUAUCCUCGACACAACGCAUGAGAAUGGUUCAUACUUGCACGUUGCGCUCUAAUGACGCCUAGUCCUUGCCGAAUCUGAGUCUCUGCAUUAAAGGAGCAUGUCCCC